ACGCGAGGCAACCAUGGGGUUUAGCUUAUCAAGUUGCAGUAACAUCUCUCCCAAGAACUGGUAGCCUGAUCCAUCCUUUGCAUGAAAAUUUACUGGAGACAUACGGAAUCCUCCAAUGAGUGAGCGCACCUUGUUUGGAUUGCGCAAGUCAAAGGCAGAAUGCUUUAACAGCUUCCGCACAUUCUCAACAUUUCCAGGAAUAUCAGAAAUGGCUUGAAGACCAAGCCAUUUAUUUACAACCAGAAAGUCAUGUUCCCACUUGCCGUAGAAAUCAGCAAGAACAUCAUCACGAGUUUUACCAGGUUUUUGGACCAAGGCUGUUAGAGCUGCAAACUGGUCAGUCAUGUUUGUCGCGGUCUUGUACUCAUUCAGUGCAAGUUCGGUGAUCUGGGCAUCCUCAAGAGAAGCCAGAUAGGAAAGAGCAAUGUUCUUUAAAGUGCGUCUUAUUGGAAUGGUCGAAGACGUAAGGAUCAGAGCUUCUGUUGUUUUCAACUGGUAUGAGCAUUGGUUCUUUCACUGUCUGGCCUGGAGUAGGAGGCACCUCUUGACUGAACUUCAAAGAGUAUGUCUUGGCUUUGGAGUUGUAGAAUGAUGUAACUUUACAGUUGGUGUUCCUGCCUGAGAGUACCAUAACAAGAAAUUUGCCAAGUCAGCAUCAUUUGCAUCUCGCAUUGCAGCAUGGAAGUCUUCACAAGUUACAGCUUGGCCAUCAUGCCUCUUGAAAUAAAGAUCCAUCCCUCUUCUGAAACCUUGACUUCCCAGCAAAGUUUUGUACAUCCUGACAACUUGAGCUCCCUUUCUAUAAACCGUAGAGGUGUACAAGUUGUUUAUCAUAAUAUAAGAAUGUGGUUGUACUGGAUGAGCCAUAGGACCAGCAUCCUCUGGAAACUGAUUCUUACGCAGAAAUGAAACAUCUUCUAUCCUCUUUACGGAACGGCUUCCCAUGUCUGAUGAAAAUCCUUGAUCUCGAAAGACAGUAAGACCCUCCUUCAGACUCAGCUGGAACCAGUCACGGCAUGUCACCCUGUUUGCAGUCCAGUUGUGAAAAUACUCGUGACCGAUAACUCCUAGAAUUGCAGCAUAAUCUCCAUCUGUAGCAGUCUCAGGUGAUGCCAAAACAAGCCCUGAAUUGAAUAUAUUCAAACUCUUGUUCUCCAUAGCUCCUGCAUUGAAAUUCUGAACGACCACAAUGUUGAAAAGAUCCAAGUCAUACUCAAGACCAUACCAUCCUCCAGGUCUCCUUGCUCAACCAGAUUUCCAUUCGACAGAAAAACUGGAUACAGCGCCUUAUCGCCUUCAACCCUGCAAGUGAACUUAGCCAUGAUGUCAGGGCGAUCCUGGUAAUAUGUUAUCUUCGUAAAACCCUGAGCUUCACAUUGUGUAACAAAAUUUCCAGAAGAUAUAUACAGUCCCUGAGACUGCUACAGAUGGCGUGCAUCCAGUGGAGAAGAGUCUGCAGCAGCUUCAAUUCUUGGGUAAACAAUUAUGUUUUAAGAAACAAUUGUGUGCUCCUCACCCAAAGAAAACAUCAGAUCAACUGCAUCGAAGUAGUAAAUCAGGCUUCUUGUAAUCCUUCAAGAAGAUCUCCUUGGGGGUUUCCAUCUGCCUGAGCUUGGUUCUGCUGGCACUUUCCUUUCUGGCUCGUAUAUAUAAUUCUCUUUUCAGUUUCCUUUUGUUGCUAAAAUUGGUAUUCCGAUUCUCACUCCUGAUCUUAUUCUCCAAGGAGCUAGGGCAUAGUUUAGAAGAUUCCUUAUUAGGCGGCGGUGGUGCACAAAUAAAAGUGGCGUCUCUUGACAUCCGCCGCACACAAAGAGAUACGAACACUAUUUUUGAUCAUGGCGGACACAAAGAAGAUGGUAACCUUGAUGAGUUCUGAUGGAGAAACUUUUGAGGUUGAAGAAGCUGUUGCACUUCAAUCUGGCACGAUUAAGCAUAUGAUUGAAGAUGGUUGUGCUGAUAAUGCUAUACCUAUACCAAACAUAACAAGCAAUAUCUUGGCUAAAGUUAUAGAGUAUUGCAAGAAACACGCCGAAGAAACCCCUCAAGGAGAUGCUCGGCGUCGAUAUACUGUGGAAGAAGAUCUUAAGAAUUGGGAUGCUGAGUUUAUUAUUAAGGUCAAUGACUACAUCCUGUUCGAUCUUAUCUUAGCAGCAAAUUAUCUGAACAUCAAGGACUUGUUGGAGCUGACUACCCAGAAGGUUGCAGAUACGAUCAAGGGUAAGACACCAGAGCAGAUCCGCAAGUAUUUCUACAUUAAGAAGGACUUCACCCCAGAGGAAGAAGCUGAGAUUAUGAAGGAGUACGGUUGGGCUUUCGAAUGAAUUAUCAAUGUCAGUACUACUAGUAAUGUAGUUUGGUGUUUUAUUUUAUUUUAUUUUAUUGAUUUACUUGAUUUGAUUUGAUUGUUAGAAUGAAAUUUUCAUGUUGUUAUUUUGAUAAUUUAGAGCAAGUUUUUUAAAUGAACCCUGAAACAAUAACUGGUACUAUUAUCUUCUGAAGAUUUUCAAUAAUUUUGUUCCAA